AUGUGCCAUUUCAGCUAUAUGGAAUGGCCAUGCGGCUGCGAAUUCUAUCGUGGUAAAGAAGACGUUCAAUAUUGCCCUACCGAGAUAAAGGCGUCUGGGUCAAGUUGCAACACUUCAGGCUGCCAGCCAGUCUGGACGAUUCCCAGGACCGAUGGAGCUGCCGAUGUCGAUUUCAGCGACGAUUGGAUCCGUUUCAUGACUAUGCCCAAAGACCGCAAGAACCAGUUCAAGUGGCUCAGUUGCAAGAACCAGACCUAUAAGCGCGGGAAGCUCGUCAAACGGGAGGAGGUAGAAUGCCGUUGGCAUGAUGACGUGAAGAUCAGACGGGAGUGGGCAAACGAACCUAAGUAUGCAAAUGAGAAGCACAAGAAGGUGCAGCAGAAAGCGCAUAAGAGGGCGGAUCAGAAGGAGUUGGCUAAGUUACAAGCACAGCAGCUAGAGAGGCAAGGACAAGGAUGUGUCCUGCAGUAG